GUUUCUCUGAAUUCUCUCGAGAGACAUUACAAUCCAUCAUCGGUCAAUCACUCAUCAAUCAAGCAGAGCUCUAUGAAGUACAUAAAGUACCACAAGAAAUAUCACAAUCCAUCAUCGAUCAAACAUUGCAGUUAGUCAUCAGUCAAAUAGAGUCCUCUAAAGUACCUCAAGAGUCGGAGAAGAAGACGUUAGUCGGAGGAGGAGAAUCAAGAAUAAUAGGAGGAGAAGGAGGAGGAAGAGAAUCACAAACAGUAAGAGGAAAAGGAGGAGGGAGAGAAUCACAAACAGUAGGAGGAGAAGGAGGAGGAAGAGAAUCAGAAGCAGUAGGAGGAGAAGGAGGAGGAAGAGAAUCAGAAGCAGUAGGAGGAGAAGGGGGAGGAAGUGAAUCACAAACAGUAGGAGGAGAAGGAGCAGGAAGAGAUUCACAAACAGUAGGAGGAGAAGAGAAUCAGAAACGGCAGGAGAACGACGAAGAGAAUCACAAGCAAUAG